AGAUGCAGUGAUAUUCAAACUGUGACAUGGAAUGUAUUGUUCAGCUAUGCCUGCUUAUCAUUACUCUCACUACCUCAGCUGCUCAGCGCUGUCCUUUGUCUGCCAGGACAGAAACAAUUGUUAUACAAUGUCCAGAAAGCGAAGAAAGUACCAAAAUAAGAGCACAAACAAAAGCUUGUUAUAGGCUUGCACAAGAGCAGACUUGUACAAAUUCAUCGAAAUUCAAGUAUCACUGUCUUCCUACUGAUCUUUCUGGAAAUCUAGUGGAAGUGUGUGCUGCUGAAACAUACAUUUAUGGCGUAUGUGUGCUUUAUAACAACACGGAACUUCAAAUAAAUGAAAGUAUAAAUUGUAGCCAGUCUUCUACAUGUCCUCACAGAUUUCUAUCAUCAGAAGCACACUUGUAUAAACCUUGCGAAUCAGCCAAUCUCACAUCAACAACUUAUAAAAGAGUGACAACGGUACCCGAGGAUGACUCGAAACUGCAUACUAGUGUGUAUAUAUUAGUGGCAGUGACAGGUACAAUUUAUUUUUCCAUUGGAAUACUUGUUUUCAUAAUUAUGAGAUGGACAAAAAUACAGAGAAAGAAUAAAAAAGAAGUUAACGACGAAGAAGACAUUCUUUUGGAUGAGAACGAUGAGCCUUUUUGUAUAUAAAUUUAUUUUUCUUUUAUUACGU